AUGACCAAAAACGACAUCACCCUUCUCAUUGACAACUACGACAGCUUUACGUACAACGUGUACCAGUAUUUGUCUUCGCUUGGAGCCAACGUUGUUGUCCACCGCAACGACAAGAUCACGAUCGACGAGAUUGAAGCACUGAACCCUGUCAACAUUGUCAUUUCACCUGGUCCUGGUCACCCUUCGCACGAUGCUGGCAUCAGUCGUCAAGUGAUCACUCACUUUGCUGGAAAACUGCCGAUUUUUGGUAUUUGCAUGGGCCAACAGUGUAUGUUUGAGGUGUUUGGCGGCACUGUGUCAUACGCUGGUGAUAUUCUUCACGGCAAGACAUCGACUAUCAAGCAUGAUGGACGUAGUGUGUUCAAGAAUGUGCCACAAGACAAUCAAGUUACGAGAUACCAUUCACUUGCUGGUAUGCCAACCACUGUUCCUGAUCCUUUGGAGGUCACUGCCACCACCGAUGAUGGUGUGAUUAUGGGUAUUCGACACAAGGAGUAUACGAUUGAAGGCGUCCAAUUCCAUCCUGAAAGCAUCCUUUGCGAGAAUGGCCACACGAUGCUUGGUAACUUUUUAAAGUUGCGUGGUGGUACAUGGGAAGAGAAUCCUGGUGCUGGUGUUAUGCCAAAGAAGACUUCUCCCGUUCCAGCAUCCUCUGCAGCAUCCACGACAACGACUACCAAUGCUCCUUCGACCAAUGGUGUCUCUUCGAUCCUCACUCGUAUCUAUGCUCAACGCCAACAAGAUGUCGAGGCUGCUAAGCAAGUCCCUGGCCAGAGUCAAGAGCAUCUUGAGACUUUGGUCAAUUUGCAUGUAGCUCCACCCUUGAAAGACUUCGUUACCCGUUUGCGUCAAACACCUCUUGCAUUGAUGGCUGAAGUGAAGCGUGCCUCUCCAUCCAAGGGCGAUAUUGAUAUCACUGCUAAUGCUGCUGAACAAGCUCUCAAGUAUGCAUUGGCUGGUGCCAGUGUUAUUUCCGUAUUGACCGAACCCAAGUGGUUCCGUGGAUCACUGCAUGAUAUGCGUCAAGUGCGACAAGCAUUGGAUCAUCUUCCUAAUCGACCCGCCAUUUUGCGAAAGGAUUUCAUUCUCGAUCGUUAUCAGAUUCUUGAAGCUCGUUUGUAUGGUGCUGACACCGUCUUGUUGAUUGUUGCCAUGUUGGAUGACGACCGUUUACGUGAUUUGUACAACUAUGCAAAGUCGCUUGGUAUGGAACCACUCGUUGAAGUCAACAAUGCAGAGGAAAUGGCACGUGCAAAUGCUCUUGGAUCCAAGGUGAUUGGCGUCAACAAUCGCAACUUGCACAGCUUUGAUGUUGAUAUGGAAACGACCACACGUUUGGCAAAGAUGGUUCCAGCGGAUACAACCUUGUGUGCCUUAUCGGGUAUUGCUAGCCGUGCGGAUGUGGAGCCUAUGAUUGAACAAGGUGUGGGUGCUAUUCUUGUUGGUGAAUCGUUGAUGCGUGCCUGGAAUCUCAAGGAGUUUGUUGCCGAAUUAUUGGGUUUCUCAAAACAAGAUGCCAUUGCCGCCGAAGCAGCAGCAGCAGCCAACAACACAAAGCCCCUUGUCAAGAUUUGUGGUAUUUCUUCUGUUGAAGCAGCUGUGGAAGCAGCCAAUGCGGGUGCUGAUUUGAUUGGCUUGAUCUUUGUACCAAAAUCCAAGCGAUGUGUUUCCAUGGAUACGGCACGUGAGAUUGUGAAUGCAGUACGAGGACUUGAGCAGCCUACCAAGAAAAAGAACAGCAAGACAACAUUAUCAGAUGACUGGUUUGCUACCCAUAAGCGACUCUUGGAGAACCGAUCACGCAAACCACUUGUUGUGGGUGUUUUUGUGAACGAGUCUAUUGACACCAUGGCCGAGAUUGCAUCCACUGUUGGUCUUGAUUUGAUCCAAUUGCAUGGCACCGAGCCCGCUGAAGUUGCCAAAUUCUUACCUGUACCUGUCAUCAAGGCAUUCCACAUGGAUACUUCAUCAUUCAGCCCCAACCAGAUUCCACACAUCACUCAACCCAACAACCAUCACUAUGUUCUUUUGGAUGCAAAGGUGUCUGGUGUACCCUUGGAUCAGCAAGGAGGUCGUGGUGUAAAGUUCGAUUGGUCCAUUGCUCAGCAAGUUGUCAACCAUAAGCGACCCGGCUAUAAUGACAAUGCUCGCUUCCCAGUGAUUUUGGCUGGUGGUCUUGAUCCUUCCAACGUGGUCGAAGCCGUGCGUCAAGUACAACCUUGGGCUGUGGAUGUUUCUUCCGGUGUCGAGACUGAUGGCGCAAAGGAUAUGGAAAAGAUUCGUGAAUUUGUGCGCUUGGCCAAGUCUGCCUAA